UCAUUUUCUUUUUUAUAAAAAAACAAGGUUCCUACUACGAAUGAACCACAUCACACGCAUGGUGAUUCAUCUUUAUCUUUAGCUGCGUUUGGAACCCUAAUUUCCAGAAUAUCUCAAAUCUCAGAAUCCCUUUCCCUCCGUAUUCUCUAUCAGGUUUAAAGAUUAUUUGUGAAAUGGCCUCAGUGUCUACUCAACCACAGUUCCGGUAUACGCAGCCACCGUCGAAGGUGCUUCAUUUGAGAAACUUGCCGUGGGAGUGUAUAGAGGAGGAGCUGAUUGAACUUGGGAAGCCAUUUGGUAAAGUUGUCAACACAAAGUGCAAUGUUGGAGCUAAUCGAAAUCAAGCUUUUAUUGAAUUUGCGGAUAUAAAUCAAGCCAUUGCGAUGAUAUCGUAUUAUGCAUCAUCAUCAGAGCCUGCUCAAGUGCGGGGGAAAACUGUGUAUUUGCAGUAUUCCAAUAGACAAGAAAUAGUGAAUAACAAAACUGCUGCAGAUGUUGCUGGAAAUGUACUGUUGGUAACAAUUGAGGGAGAAGACGCACGUCUUGUGAGCAUAGAUGUUUUGCACUUGGUUUUUUCGGCCUUUGGAUUUGUGCAUAAGAUUACUACUUUUGAGAAAACAGCUGGAUUUCAGGCACUGGUGCAAUUCUCAGAUGCUGAAACAGCCACUUCUGCAAAGGAUGCUUUGGAUGGAAGAAGCAUACCUAGCUACCUACUCACUGGGCAUGUGGGACCUUGUACCCUUAAGAUCACAUAUUCUGGACAUUCAGACUUAAGUGUUAAGUUUCAGAGUCACAGAAGCAGAGAUUACACUAAUCCUUACCUUCCUGUUGCUCAAUCAGCUAUGGAGGGAAGCGGACAGUCUAUGAUGGGUUUGGAUGGGAAGAGACUUGAAGCUGAGAGUAAUGUUCUUCUUGCAUCAAUUGAGAACAUGCAGUAUGCUGUAACCUUGGAUGUCUUGCACACGGUUUUCUCUACUUUUGGACCCAUCCAAAAGAUUGCAAUGUUUGAUAAGAAUGGUGGUUUGCAGGCUCUGGUUCAGUACCCAGAUGUUCAAACAGCCAUUGUGGCCAAGGAAGCCUUGGAAGGACACUGCAUUUAUGAUGGGGGAUUUUGUAAGCUCCACCUCUCCUAUUCACGUCAUACUGAUUUGAGUAUAAAGGUGAAUAAUGACAGGAGCAGAGACUAUACCAUGCCUACUGCACCGCCACCAGUUAUGAAUGCCCAGCCCUCAAUUUCAGGGCAACAACAAGCUCCAAUGUCUGGUCCUCCUGCUCAACAGUACAAUACCGCUCAGUACGCUCCAUCGAACAACCAGAAUUUUAUACCUCAAUCUCAAGCUGGAUGGGGAGCAGCUCCACCACCACCACACGCAAUGCAGCGGAUGCAUCAUAAUCCUUACAUGCCACCUGGUACGAUGCCACCACAAGCUGGCCCAGGAAUGAUGCAGUAUCCUGGUCACUAUCAAUAGCCUUGCUCUUUCGUUUCAAAUAAACGAAAAAUUGGCAAACGUUUGACACAUUGGCAGAAAAGAAGACUGUCAUAAAAACUAUGUGUUCUUAUAUUUGAUUACUCUCUUUGUUUGUUUCCACUUUCCACCGUAUUGAAUUUUGAAAUUUUUGGAUGUAACUAAUUUUUUAACAACUUUAACUUGACUGGCAGCGUUUGAAAAAACUACUCAAAUUCCUUUUA